CUUCACAUGCUGAUAAUGAGGAUUCAUGGGUCUUGGCUCAGACCACCACCCUUGGGGACCCUGGAACACUAUCAUGGAGACUGAGAGCGAGCAGAACUCCAGCUCCACCAAUGGGAGUUCCAGCUCAGGGGGCAGCUCUCGGCCCCAGAUAGCUCAAAUGUCCCUAUAUGAACGACAAGCAGUGCAGGCUCUGCAGGCAUUGCAGCGGCAGCCCAAUGCAGCUCAGUAUUUCCACCAGUUCAUGCUCCAGCAGCAGCUCAGUAAUGCCCAACUGCAUAGCUUGGCUGCCGUCCAGCAGGCCACGAUUGCUGCUAGUCGGCAAGCCAGCUCCCCAAACACCAGCACUGCACAGCAGCAGACUACCACCACUCAGGCCUCAAUUAAUCUGGCCACCACGUCAGCUGCCCAGCUUAUUAGCCGAUCACAGAGUGUGAGCUCUCCCAGUGCCACCACCUUGACUCAAUCUGUGCUGCUGGGGAAUACUACUUCCCCACCCCUCAACCAGUCCCAGGCCCAGAUGUAUCUGCGGCCACAGCUGGGAAACCUAUUGCAGGUAAACCGGACCCUGGGCCGGAAUGUGCCUCUAGCCUCCCAACUCAUCCUGAUGCCUAAUGGGGCAGUGGCUGCAGUCCAGCAGGAGGUGCCAUCCGCUCAGUCUCCUGGAGUUCAUGCAGAUGCAGAUCAGGUGCAGAACUUGGCAGUGAGGAAUCAACAGGCCUCAGCUCAAGGACCCCAAAUGCAAGGUUCCACUCAGAAGGCCAUACCUCCUGGAGCCUCCCCUGUCUCUAGCCUUUCUCAGGCCUCUAGCCAGGCCCUAGCUGUGGCACAGCCUUCUCCAGGGGCCUCAGGCCAAUCUCUCAACCUCAGUCAAGCUGGUGGAGGCAGUGGAAACAGCCUCUCAGGGCCAAUGGGUCCAGGUGGAGGUGGCCAAGCUCCAGGGGGUUUGGGUCAGUUGCCUUCUUCAGGAAUGGGUGGUGGAAGCUGUCCCAGGAAGGGCACAGGAGUGGUUCAGCCCUUGCCUGCUGCCCAGACGGUGACUGUGAGCCAGGGCAGCCAGACAGAGGCAGAAAGUGCAGCAGCCAAGAAAGCAGAUGCUGAUGGGAGUGGUCAACAGAAUGUGGGCAUGAACUUGACACGGACAGCUACACCUGCACCCAGCCAGACCCUCAUUAGCUCAGCCACGUACACGCAGAUCCAGCCCCAUUCUCUGAUUCAGCAGCAGCAGCAGAUCCACCUCCAGCAGAAGCAGGUAGUGAUCCAACAGCAGAUUGCCAUUCAUCACCAGCAACAGUUCCAACACCGUCAGUCCCAGCUACUUCACACAGCUACACACCUCCAGUUGGCUCAGCAGCAGCAGCAACAGCAACAACAACAGCAGCAGCAGCAGCAGCAGCAGCAGCAGCAACAGCAGCAGCAGCAGCAAGCCACAACCCUCACUGCCCCUCAGCCACCACAGGUCCCACCUACUCAGCAGGUCCCACCGUCCCAGUCCCAGCAGCAAGCUCAAACCCUUGUAGUUCAGCCCAUGCUUCAGUCUUCACCCCUGUCCCUUCCACCUGACCCAACCUCCAAGCCACCCAUUCCCAUCCAGUCCAAACCACCUGUAGCACCUAUUAAACCUCCUCAGUUAAGUGCUGCUAAGAUGGCAGCUACCCAGCAACCACCACCCCACAUCCCCGUGCAAGUUGUGGGUACCCGGCAACCAGGUACAGCCCAGGCACAGGCUUUGGGGUUGGCACAGCUGGCAGCUGCUGUACCUACUUCCCGGGGGCUGCCAGGUACAGUGCAGCCUGGCCAGGCCCAUUUGGCCUCCUCACCACCUUCAUCCCAGGCUCCUGGUGCACUGCAGGAGUGUUCUCCUACGUUGGCCCCUGGGAUGACCCUUGCUUCUGUGCAGGGGACAGCACAUGUGGUUAAGGGUGGGGCUACUAGCUCUUCACCUGUUGUAGCCCAGGUUCCUGCUGCCUUCUACAUGCAGUCUGUGCAUCUACCGAGUAAACCUCAGACACUGGCUGUGAAACGCAAAGCUGAGUCUGAGGAAGAGAGAGAUGAUAUCUCGACUUUGGGUUCAAUACUUCCCCCCAAGGCUUCUCCAGCAGCAGAGAGCCCAAAAGUCAUGGAGGAGAAGAGUAGUCUUGGAGAGAAAGCUGAACCUGUGGCCAGUGUGAAUGCUAGUACCCCAAGCAAUGAACUGGUAGCCUUGACUCCUGCCCCAUCAGCACCACCUCCUACGCUAGCCAUGGUGUCCAGACAAAUGGGAGACUCCAAACCCCCACAGGCCAUUGUGAAGCCCCAGAUUCUCACCCACAUCAUUGAAGGCUUUGUUAUCCAGGAAGGAGCGGAACCUUUCCCGGUGGGUUGUUCUCAGUUAUUGAAGGAGUCUGAGAAGCCACUACAGACUGGCCUUCAAACCGGACUGAAUGAGAGUCAGUCAAGUGGACCCUUGGGAGGGGACAGCCCUUCUGCUGAGUUAGAUAAGAAGGCGAAUCUCCUGAAGUGCGAGUACUGUGGGAAGUAUGCCCCUGCAGAGCAAUUUCGUGGCUCUAAGAGGUUUUGCUCCAUGACUUGUGCAAAGAGGUACAAUGUGAGCUGUAGCCAUCAGUUCCGGUUGAAGAGGAAAAAAAUGAAAGAGUUUCAGGAAGCCAACUAUGCUCGUGUUCGUAGGCGUGGACCCCGCCGCAGCUCCUCUGACAUUGCCCGUGCCAAGAUCCAGGGCAAGCGUCACCGGGGUCAAGAGGACUCUAGCCGGGGUUCAGAUAACUCUAGUUAUGAUGAAGCGCUCUCUCCAACAUCUCCUGGGCCAUUGUCAGUAAGAGCUGGACAUGGAGAUCGUGACCUUGGGAACACCAUUACAGCUCCCCCCACACCAGAAUUACAUGGCAUCAACCCUGUGUUCCUGUCCAGCAAUCCUAGUCGUUGGAGUGUAGAGGAGGUGUAUGAGUUUAUCGCUUCUCUCCAAGGCUGCCAAGAAAUUGCAGAAGAGUUUCGUUCCCAGGAGAUUGAUGGACAGGCUCUUUUAUUACUUAAAGAAGAACAUCUUAUGAGUGCCAUGAACAUCAAAUUGGGCCCUGCCCUCAAGAUCUGCGCCAAGAUAAAUGUCCUGAAGGAGACCUAAGGCGGCCCUCUUGCACAAACCAGCCGAAGGCAGACACUCCCCACUGUCCAGGUUAUAACCUGGUACCAGCAGACUUUGCAGGGAAGAAAGAGCUAUUUGAAUUAUGUGACCUUCUAUAGGGAGAUUACUGAGACAGGGAAGAGAAGUGCAAGAAUUGGUUGCUGGUGCUACAUAGUGGCAGCUUUGAUAUUUUCUUUGGGUUUCACUUUAAAAUAAUCUUUACAGUUCUCAUCAAUCCCACCUACCCCAAUCCAGUCUUUGAAACAAAAGCAGUCCAGAGAACUAGGACUGCUCAGCCUUAUCCUGGAGUGGAGCGUCUAGCCAGGGUUUUCCAAGAGGAGAAAUAUGUGUAUGGUAAGGCAGGGAAAUGGGUGGAAUGUAGUUUUGCUUCUCCAGUGGGAGAGAGAGGGUUUUUCUAGCUUGUGUGACACAAGUAGCAAAAUUCUGGUACUUUCCCUCUUCCUUCUGGAUUGUCCCACUGUAGCUGUGGCUCAGUAUUUUGUUAUCACUUAUUCCCUUAGUAUUGAAUAUUUCUCCUGCAUCCGUGGCAGGGUCACCAGCCAGGGUAGAAACUUGGUUGGAAUCUUUCUGAUUUGCUGCAGGGACUAAAAGUGUUUGACUGGCACAUGGUGUGGCUGUUGUCAUUUUUUCCACAUCCCCCUGCUCCCUUCCCAUUUACCUGUUAACCUUUUACUCUUUCAAUUCCAACUUUCUUUCCUAUAGCUUUAUAAAACAGGAGUGUGUGGGGCUGAGGUCAGGAUUAUAAGUACCUACCUUAGGCGCUAUUCCUUAUACAACAAAAUAUUAAAUAUUUUUUUUUCUUCCUCAGUAAAGGAUGAAAAUUG